UGUGUGUGUGUGUGUGUGUGUGUGACGGUCGAGCGCGCUCCAUCUGCUGUGUGCAGGACUCUGAUUAUAACAACAAACUCUCUUUUUUCAGUCUAAAAAUUUAUUUCACACCGACGGAGUUUCUCCUCCACGUGAGGUGAUGAUGACACUGCGCUGAGUCACCAGUGUGUGUGUGUGUGUGUGUACGAGCGUGCGUGCGUGUGUGUGUGUGUGUGUGUGUGUGUGUGUGUGGUAUGAAUGAAUCAGGGACACUCUCUCUUCCUCCUCUUCCCUCCUUCCUCCUCUUCUGUCGUGACGUUCAUUCAGGAGGAAACACCACAAACAGUCCUGAGAUAUUCUGAGAGACUUUACUCACAGUGUGUGUGUGUGUGUGUGUGUGUGUGAGAGUGUGUGUGUGUGUGUGUGAGAGAGUGUGUGUGUGUGUCUGUGUGUGUGUGUGAGAGUGUGUGUGUGUGUGUGUGUGUGUGUGUGACUCAGGGAAAUACCUCUGUGGAUGGAGGGAGGGAUUAAACAGCCAGAGAGGUAUAAUUACAGUAACAGAGCAGAGAGGGAGAGUAGAGUGACCCUGCACACAGUGUUCAUUCAGCUCAAACCACCAAACCAUCAGGACCAGAGAGGACUGGAACCAUCAGGACUGGAUCCUUCAGGGCCGGACCUGCAACACUUGGGACCAGAUUCAAAGACCAGACUGAGGACCAGAAAGCCAACCUGCUUUGUGCUCCUCUGUGAACUGUGACAGUCUGUGAGGAUUUGUAACUUCACUGUUGGCUGCUGAACUCUAUUGCUGGACUCUACUGACUCUCUCUGAGUCUGUGAGGCCUUGAUCUUAAGGAUCUUGAACGGGUCACCAGCUGCUUCCUGUUUCUGCAUCAAGACCUGCUGCAUUUGUGCGGAGUGUGAGGGACUGACUUUACUCUACUGGAACUCUACUGACUCUACUGUCAGUGUUGGAGCAUCAGUGUCAGUCAGAACCCGUCAUGUCCUCUCUGUUUGUCAUGUUCUUCGUCGUGGCAGUCGGUCUUCUCGUCAACGCCUCUCCAACGGUCUCUCCAGCUCCGGAGGUCGACGUGGCGUCUCGGCUCCAGGAGGGGGCGCCGUCCUCUGACUGUCCGUCCUGCUCUCUGUCUCAGAUGAGGAGAAACUCGUCUUCAUCGGGAGGACAGAGCGACAUGGUGGAGGCGGUGAAGCGACACAUUCUCAACAUGCUGCACCUGAGCGCUCGGCCCAACCUGACGCACCCGGUCCCUCGCGCCGCGCUGCUCAACGUCAUCAAGAAGCUGCACGUUGGCCGCGUGGCCGAAGACGGCAGCGUGGAGAUCCAGGAGGAGGGCCAGGGCCCUAGGGCCCCAACACCUCCUGAACCACCGUCUGAAAUUAUCACCUUCGCAGAGCCAGGAUCCUCUCCGAACACGGUGACCUUUGACAUUUCGAAGGAGGGCGAUGGCUCGUCAGUGGUGGAACAGGCGAACAUCUGGAUCUUCCUGAAGGUAUCUAAGGGAAACCGAGUGAAAGGCAAAGCGAUGCUGCGGCUGCUGCAUCCUCAUCGUGAUCACGAUGAGGAGGAGUGUGUUUCAGAGAAGAUGGUGGACACUCAUCGCAGCGGCUGGCACACCCUUUCCGUCUCUCGCAGCGUUCAGACUCUGUUGGAUGGCGGAGGCAGCUCGCUCAGCCUGCGGGUUUCCUGCCCGCUGUGCACCGAGGCCGGAGCCUCGCCUGUCCUGGUGCCUGCUGUUGGCGAGCGAGCCAGAGAACGAGAUCAGUCUCACCGACCAUUCCUCAUGGUGGCAGUGCGAGCUCUGGAGGAGGCAACUCAGCGACGAGUAAAACGAGGUCUGGAGUGCGACGGGAAAAUACGCAUCUGCUGCAAACGACAGUUUUACGUGAACUUCAAAGACAUUGGCUGGAACGACUGGAUUAUUGCUCCAUCCGGUUACCAUGCAAACUACUGCGAGGGCGACUGUCCGAACCACAUGGCGAGCAUCAGCGUCUCGUCCCUCUCCUUCCAUUCAACGGUCAUCAAUCAUUAUCGCAUGAGGGGCUACAGCCCAUUUCAAAACAUCAAGUCAUGCUGCGUGCCGACGAGGCUGCGUGCUAUGUCGAUGCUCUACUACAACGAAGAGCAGAAGAUCAUCAAGAAAGAUAUAGAGAACAUGAUCGUAGAGGAGUGCGGCUGCUCAUAAACACUUGUAAAGAUAGAAACACUUCCUGCUUCCUGCAGGAUUAACAUCAAUCAGAUCAGUAUUUUCCCAGUAAAGAUAAAGUAUUUAUGUUUAGUGACGAAGCAUUGUAUUUCUUAUUGGGAGAGACUCUUUUCCACAUUGGAACGACCUGAGAAUACUAUGCAACAGCAACUUUAUCUGUCUACAUUUAUAUGUGUAGUUUGUCUGUUGUAUUCAAUUGUUUGUCUAUUGUUUUCUAUUGUUAUAGAAAACAUGUGAGAGGAUCAUAUUUGAUAUAUUCUACUGUUUACUGAAGGUUCAACCUAUGUAAAAAUCUCUGAUGUCAAGAUACUUGAAAGAAAUUUGUUCAUCUGGCUGCUGGAGCCAAACAUAAUUAUUGUUAUUAUUAUUAAUAUUAUUAUUAUUAAAUAAGUUGAAUGUUCAUAUUUGCAUUCCUGGCAGAGAUUCAGAUUCAGAAGAAAGCCAAAGACAGUCAACACUGAUAAUGAAAGUUUGGUUCAUAAACAAGCAGGGUAGUAGACUAGAGUAAAUUAACUGGACGAAGCGUCAGUUAACAAACUGAGUAAAUUAACUGGACGAAGCGUCGGUUAACGAGCAGUGAAUUAAUUAACUGGAUGAAGCGUCAGUUAACAAACUGAGUAAAUUAACUGGACGAAGCGUCGGUUAACGAGCUGCAAGUGAAUUAACUGGACGAAGCGUCAGUUAACAAACUGAGUAAAUUAAAUGGACGAAGCGUCGGUUAACGAGCAGUGAGUGAAUUAAAUGGACGAAGCGUCAGUUAACGAGCAGCGAGUAAAUUAACUGGACGAAGCGUCAGUUAAACUGUGAGUAAAUUAACUGGAUGAAGCGUCAGUUAACAAACUGAGUAAAUUAAAUGGACGUAGCAUCAGUUAACGAGCAGCGAGUGAAUUAACUGGACGAAGCGUCAGUUAACAAACUGAGUAAAUUAACUGGAAGUGUCAGUUAACGAGCAGCGAGUGAAUUAACUGGACGAAGGGUCGGUUAACGAGUAGCAAGUGAAUUAACUGGACGAAGCGUCAGUUAACAAACUGAGUAAAUUAACUGGAAGCGUCAGUUAACGAGCAGCGAGUGAAUUAACUGGACGAAGUGUUGGUUAACGAGCAGCGAGUGAAUUAACUGGACAAAGCGUCAGUUAACGAGCAGCGAGUAAAUUAACUGGACGAAGCGUCAGUUAAACUGUGAGUAAAUUAACUGGAUGAAGCGUCAGUUAACAAACUGAGUAAAUUAAAUGGACGUAGCAUCAGUUAACGAGCAGCGAGUGAAUUAACUGGACGCAGGGUCGGUUAACGAGCAGCGAGUAUUAUUAGUAUAAAUUAUUUAACUGGUGAAACAAAAACUGAAAAAAUGUUUCAUCAGUUUGUGGUCAUUGCUUCACUGUUAAAAAAAUAAGAAAUGUUGUUGCCAACUUUAUAUAAUUUAUUUGCUUCUUUGCUUUUUUAGCUUCAUCAAUAAACAAACAUGUCAACACUUUA